AUGAAAAAGAAUAAAGCGGUAGGGCCAGAUAACAUCCCGAUAGAAGUGUGGCAGUGCCUCGGUGAACCGGGGAUUGAUAUUAUGUGGGACCUCAUGAAAAAGAUCUAUGAGCAGGAGAAGAUCCCAUCUCAAUGGAGGAAGAGUGUCAUCAUCCCCAUUUACAAAGAAAAAGGAGACAUCCAGGAGUGCUCAAACUACAGAGGAAUCAAGCUCCUGUCACAUACAAUGAAAUUAUAUGAAAGGAUUAUAGGAAGAAGGAUUGCAGUUGAAACAGAAGUGAGUGAAAAUCAGUUUGGCUUUAUCGAAGGUAGACAGACGUCGGAUGCAAUAUUUGCCCUGAAACAGACCAUGGAAAAAUACAGAGAGAACCAGCGGAACUACAUAUUGCUUUCAUAG